GACCUGUCUUACCAGCGAAGAAAAGAUAACCUGUUUUGAUGAGCACAAUCACAUGAUUGAGUCAUGUCAUCUUAAGGAAAUACUGCAAACUGCUUUCACACCUUCCAAGUCUUCUAUUCGGUCGUUCACCUUUGCAGCUUCUUAGAACUGAGCGUUGGACAAGAUGGGUCGCUGCAUUUGGAUACUAAGUGUUUUGAGUUUGUGGCUAUGCAUGUCAGAGACUACAGCUCCAUACACUCCAGACUGGGAUAGUAUCGACUCAAGACCACUUCCUAAGUGGUACGAUGAGGCGAAAAUCGGGAUUUUCGUGCACUGGGGUGUAUUUUCAGUUCCAGGGUUCGGUAGCGAGUGGUUUUGGUGGUACUGGCAAGGUGAUAAAAAUCCAAAUUACGUGUCUUACAUGUUGAAGAACUAUCCUCCUGGAUUUACAUACGCGGAUUUUGCACCUGAGCUUCGCGCAAUAUUUUUCGACCCAAAUGAAUGGGCUGACCUUUUCGAGGCCUCAGGUGCCAAGUAUGUGGUGCUGACGACGAAACAUCACGAGGGCUUUACAAACUGGGGAUCACCGUUCUCCUGGAACUGGAAUUCUGUGGACACAGGGCCGCACAGAGACAUUACUGGGGAAUUGGCGGAUGCAAUACGGAAGAAAUCUCUUCACUAUGGUGUGUACAACUCCUUGUAUGAGUGGUUCAAUCCCAUGUACCUAAGUGAUAAGAAGAAUGGCUUUAAAACUCAGGAGUUUCCGCAAAACAAACUUUUGCCAGAGCUCUAUAACCUGGUUGUAAGGUAUAAACCCGACCUGAUCUGGUCAGAUGGAGAUUGGGAGGCCCCAGACACUUACUGGAACUCUACAGAAUUCUUGGCCUGGCUCUACAACGAAAGCCCAGUCAAGGACGUUGUCGUGACCAAUGACAGAUGGGGGGCAGGAUGUGCAUGCAAACAUGGAGGUUACUUCAACUGCGCUGACAAGUUUACUCCUGGAUCGGUACCCAAUCACAAAUGGGAAAAAUGCACGUCGGUGGACACGCACUCUUGGGGUUACAGAAGGAACAUGCGGAUUGAUGAGCUGAUGUCGCUGCCAGAUAUCAUAAAGGACCUGGUGUACACAGUGGCCUUAGGAGGGAACUACCUGCUGAACGUGGGGCCCACUCCUGACGGCACGAUCCCUGCAGUGUUCCAGGAGCGGUUGUUGGGCCUAGGGGGCUGGCUGAAGGUCAACGGGGAGGCCAUCUACGCCACCAAACCCUGGCGGGUGCAGAGCGAAAACGACACUUUACCCGUGCGGUACACUUCUACAGACUCGAGUGUGUACGCCAUUAUCCUCACGAAACCUGAAUUAAAGUUGAAACUCUCUGUACCAAAGAUUACAGAAAAGACGGUGGUGACUAUGUUGGGUGUCUCUGCCAAGCUUCAAUGGGUAGCUUUGGACCCUACUGGAGUGAUCGUAGACCUGCCUGAAAUCCCGGACUCCCCUGGCAAAGGCUGGACCCUGAAGCUGGAGGGAGCUUUAUGAGCUACACGACCUGUAAAGCUGUUGGGAAGAUGCAAUCUAAGGGAAUUUUCUGUCUCUAAAAUGGUCUGAUCUGAAUGAUUGAGAACGACAGGCCAUUGCUAAUGACUGAUUAUGAUCCGCCCACUAUGAAUCACGGAGCCUUAAUUAAAUUAGUUUUAUAUACAUGUAUUAAUGAUAACUAUGAUAUUCUGUUUGUACAGGAUGUUGUUUUUGCACUGCAGAUUUGGGGCUUUAUCUGUCUUUUUUUUUAAUAAACCUCAUUUGUCAUUCUCUUA